AUGGGCGGAAAUCAGUCAGUACCGAAAGUUACAAAGCAAGACCGUGCUAUCUUAGACUUAAAGCUACAGCGCGAUAAAGUAAAACAAUACCAGAAGAAGAUUCAAGCCGUCCUCGAACGCGAACAUGAGAUAGCGAAGCAGCAAUUGGCGGCCGGGAACAAGGGGCGCGCUCUCACUACUCUGCGGCAGCGGAAGUACCAAGAGAGUCUACUUGCUAAGACGGAUGGACAACUAGAGAAUCUCGAGAAGCUGGUGUCCACAAUCGAAUUCUCUAUGAUCGAAGUGUCUGUAUUGCACGGGCUGCAACAGGGAAACGAAGUUCUCAAGCAGAUCCACAAGGAAAUGAACAUCGAGAGCGUGGAGAAGCUGCUCGAAGAGACUCAGGAAGCAAGAGAAUAUCAGAGGGAAAUUGACGAGAUGCUCGCCAAUAACUUGACCUCCGAAGAUGAGGAAGCAGUGCAGCUAGAGCUGCAGGCUCUCCAGACAGAGGCGGUACGUUUUGUCUUGUCGUUGGACUCGCACUUGUGA